AUGGCUGCUGCCAUUGACGCUGGUGUGUGUAGUGGUGCGGAUGGAACUGUCGACGCUGGCAUGGCUGCCAAACCCGACGACGAUGCCAGUCUUGGGUCGUCGGGGUCGUCCGGCGGCGCCGCUGUCAUCGCGGAAAAGGUCCUCUGCUACAAGGAGCCAAUGGUGUGA